UACUAUAAUUAUGUCAGUUUUUUCAAUCAUCACAUCUUUAUUUUUGAGCAUUAGAAUAAUCAACUUUGUAUAGAUUUAUAACCAUUUUACAAGUUCUCUUGACCAUAAAACAUUUGUUAUUGCAAUUCAGGUUACAAAGAAACCAGUGAAUUCCUUAGUUGAGUACACAGACUCUGAUGAAGUCACCUCUGGACCAGAUCUUUCUUCUCCACAACUUGAUACUGUUUCAGAUUUACCAUCUAGCAGCAUACAGGUUGGUUCUUUCUGAUUUGCAUUAACAGUUUCAAUUAUCUUUUGUUUUCAUUACAGAACUUUUUGAGUAGAUGUCAUCCUGUGUAUAAUUUGUGUCUCCUUUAUAGCACCUCAGUAGUAAAAGUACUGUGCAAGGAGAACAUGUGUCACGGCUUAGGACUAAACGCAUUCUGGUAAGGCAAGCAGCAUUCUUUCAGAUAGUUGUUCUAUUUAUAGGCACCUAUUGCAUGUUUGGUUCCUAUUUAGAAUUAUUCUCAAUUAGUCAAGUCCAGUGUUUUUAUGUAGUGAAACUGUGUGAACAUGGCAUUUUUACAAAACACCUGCCUCUUUGACAGCUUUGCUCUGUCAUGUUCAUUUUAAACAUGUACAUGGUCUAGCUCUUCAUUUCUAUUUGUUAAUUAUUCAUGAUUUCACCAAACAGUUAUUUUUAUCAGCUACUGACACAUUGUAGUGUUUUGUAAGAAAAUAGCACCAUUAUUCCUCAGAAUCUGUGAAAUUCUAACAUUUCAUUUUUUUUAAGAUGGAGGAGACUCUUAAUUGGUCUGAAGAGCUUUUUGACAGUCCAGAUGAAGAAAAUAUUCAAAUGAUUGUGCCACAAUUUAAGCGGACAAGAAAAGGUUUUGACUCAAGUACAGAUGAGGAGGAAGAUAACGUUGUACAUAAAACUGUGUCAAGACUUAGGAAGUCAAGAAGCAUUUUGGUUAAUCGGAAGAUUUCUGUUGGAUCUGAAAAAAUAAGUGAAUCAAGCCAGGACAGUGGAGAAGAAUAUGUCCCAUCCACAAGUGGGGAUAGUACGGAUAGUAACAUAAGCCAAGAUCUAUCAUUAAAAAGUCGAGCUGAUGCAACAGUACGUUGUUCACUUCCAUGUAAGCGCAAAUUCAAGACAUCUCUUGCUAAAUUCCAGGACAAUGAUAGAAUUGUUGCUAUAACACAAAGCCAACAUCAUGCUCCUGACAGCUCCACAUCAGGUAAAACUACAGUUGGAGAUGCAUCAGUACUUGUUCCUGCUGUCGUCAGAAAGAGUAAUGGAUCUCGAAUGUACAACAAGCGACAAUACUGCCUAUAUUGUAAAUCAGCGGUCCAAAAAAUAUCCAGACACUUGGAGCGUGCUCACUUAAAAGAGAUUGAGGUUUCAAGAGCAUUGAGUUUUCCAAAGGGAUCCCAUCAAAGGAAAUUGCAGCUUGAAUUUCUGAGAAACAAAGGAAACUUUGCACAUAAUGCUGAAGUUAUAAAAACAGGGUCUGGAAUUCUUGUUCCCUUCAAACAACCAAAAGAAAAAUGUGAGGGUCAAGACUUUAUUCACUGUGUCUACUGUCAAGGGUUGUUUAUGAAAAGAGUGCUUUGGAGACACAUGCAGAGCUGUAAAUUCAAACCUAGCAGUGUUAAAUCUAAACCUGGAAAAACUAGAGUCCAAUCCCUCUGUGCGUUUGCUGAACCGGCACCCUCUGUGGUUAGUGAAAGUGUUUGGAAGCUGGUGAGCAAUAUGACACAAGAUGAUAUCAAUUUUGAAGUAAAAAAUGAUCUCUGCAUCAUGGAGUUUGCAAAACAUCUAUAUAACAGGCUUGGAGCCGAUGUCAGCAAGCAUGAAUACAUUCGUCAAAAGUUGAGGGAGCUUGGUCGGCUGCGUUUACAUGGUAGAGAGGUCACACCACUGCAAACUAUCAAAGAUUAUGUCACACCAGAAAACUUCAUGCUAGCAGUUACUGCAGUAAGACACACAGCAGGUUUCAACGAGGAAACUGGCAAAUACAAAACUGCAACACUUGCUCUAAAGCUUGGACAUGGACUGAAAAAUGUGUCCAUGCUCCUUGAAACCAAUGCAAUGAUGAAAGGUGAUAAUGAUGGUGCAACAGCGGCUCGCUGCUUUCGUCAAGUGUAUGAUGCCAGGUGGAAUGAGCUCAUAUCAGCCAAAGCCUUGCAGGGCCUCACAGAGUCCAAGUGGAAUUCCCCACAGCUUUUACCUUUCACAGAAGAUGUAAGAACUCUGCAUUGCUACCUGGAUGACGCGCAGCACCGGUUCUACAGUGACUUGACAUCAGAGUGCUCAUCUUGCAACUGGGCUAACUUGACAAAAGUGACUCUGGCUCAAGUUAUUUUAUUCAACAGGCGUAGAGAAGGGGAAGUAUCAAAAAUGCCUGUUUCAACAUUCAUCCUAAGAGACAAAUCAGCUCCUCAUGAAGAUGUCAAUGUAGCUCUCUCUGAGCUAGAGAAAAGUCUCUGCAAGCAUUUUGUGAGACUUGAAAUAAGAGGUAAAAGAGGGCGGAAGGUGCCUGUGCUCUUAACCCCUGCGAUGGUGGAUUCCCUUGAUUUGCUUGUGGAGAAGAGAAAAGAAUGUGGAGUGGCUGAUAACAAUCCAUACAUGUUUGCAAGGCCAUAUGCAGUGUCCCACUACAGAGGGUCAGAUUGCAUUCGUUACUUUGUGAAAGCUUGUGGAGCCAAGAACCCUCUCUCACUCACCUCUACAAAACUCAGGAAGCAUGUUGCUACACUCUCAAAAGUACUCAAUCUGAAUGACACCGAGCUUGAUCAACUGGCAGAUUUUCUUGGCCAUGACAUCAGAGUCCAUCGCCAGUUUUAUCGUUUACCUGAGGGCACUCUCCAGCUUGCGAAGAUCAGCAAGAUUCUCAUGGCCCUUGAGCAGGGGCGUUUAUCAGAGUUUAAAGGAAAGACCCUAGAUGAUAUCAACAUCGCCCCAAAUGAGACAAUCCUGUGUGACAAAGAAAUCCAAGAGGCCUGGCUUGAGGAGAACGUGCCAGAUUGCACAAGGGUGGCCUCACCACACAAUGUGACAUCUCAAAAUGAAAGUCAGCAUCCAAGGAACAAGGACUGUGUUGUGGACACAGCCGAGUCACCAUGUACUUCAGGCAGUCAGAUGCGAAAUGACACAAAGAAAAACUUAUCAUCUCCAAAAAAUGGUCGCAAACCAGUCAAGAAAAAGAAUUGGGAGAAGGUGGAGGUUGAUGCAGUUGAAAAACACAUGAUGCACUUCAUUGAAUCGUGUCGUGUUCCAGGAAAGGCUGCCUGCGAUUUGUGCCUCAAAUCUGAGCCGGAAGCCCUAAAACGGAGGGACUGGCUGGCUAUUAAAUUUUACAUAAAAAACCGGAUAUCUGCUCUGCAAAGGAAAAUUUGAGCUAUGUUCCUGAGCCGCAAGUAUAAAGUACACCCAAAGUAUAAAGUUGUAAAUGGUUAAAUGUAAAAAUUGUCAGAUUUUAUGGAAUUUUAAAUGUAAUCCCAUAGUGAAUGCUUUCAACAUCUGGACAAAAAGGUGGUUUUGAAAUCAGAUGUUUUAGUUCUAAAGGUAAAGGUUCAGAGAGACGGGGUCAGUUUUAUAGUUGGAGAGGGAAUGAGGUUGAACAUUAGCAGGUACAGUAUCUUGGACACGAGAUAUGGAGAACAAGAGACUAUUGACAGCGAGAAAAGACCGACAUUAUUAUGAAUUUUUUGCAUUUUACCAAAUAUAUUAUCUUAUGCAACACUUGUGCUCUUAUUAAUAUUUGGGAGAGGAUAAAUUCUGAUGUAGUUUCAAAAUGCAUGAUGUACUUCAUUGAUUUCAGUUUUGUAUGAUGAAAGGCUGUAUCAGGUCAUUGAGUCUUGUUUUAGGAUAUCUGGCCAUUGACGAAUGAAAUCUAUAGUAGUUAUCAGUUGGUGUCGAUUCUUCAGUCAACUAAUUCUUCAGAUUCCAGCUUGCUCUUUUAUCAUCUAUAGUUAUAGACAAGUGUUUUCCUGUCCAUUUAUGUCGUCAUUAGCUUAUGAGCGACAGUGUUACAUUGUAAUGAGUUACUGAUUGGUUGUUUAGUCUGUGAGAGAUCCGUGAGCACUUGGGAGUAAGAAGGUGUCACAAGGAAAUCCCAAUACAGAUACAAUUUUAUAAGAUGCUACUGAGCUGCAGGUAUAAUUCACCAAAAGCACCAUGCUGAAAGUAACUACACUGAACAAAAAUAUAAACAACAAUUUUGUUUUUGCCCCCAUUUUUCAUGAGCUGAA